AUAGAAUAACGAGUUUCACAUAAUCGACGAGCUUACAAAAGUCAUUCGCCAAUUGUAUCGCGACUAUUGUGGGUCUCGACUUUUCCGCGAUUAAUUAUUAAUGACUUGAAUGAAUCAUAUCUUGAUUCAAAAGUAGUGGUAUGAAGUGAGGUAGUUUUUAUCGAUUUGUCAAUCAUUCGCUGAUACCGGAAUCAAAUCGCAGAUAACAGCUACGAUGUUAGUGGGCGAUAAUAGGUCAAAGUCCUAUACUCGGCGUCAAAUCCGCGUGGUGAUGUCAUUGACAUGUGCCGGCUAAACAAAACCCGCCUACAAACAUAUUGAAUGAUUUUACAGUUACUCGUGUUAUCUUCAUGUUAUCACACGUGUCGCUGGCUCGAAAAUAAUAAUCCUCCCGUAAAGAGCGCUGCUUCUGGUAGGUAGCAUCUUAAAAAAUUAUGCCAUGAAAACCAGUCUCAUUUCAACCUACCGGAGCAAUAUCAGCGCCAGAGAAUCUUCAUCCGAAGGAAGAACUGAAAUUUGUCUGUAUAUUGUGAUUAAGAUUUCAUCGAUAAGAUUUAUCUCGGGAAUCAUCGAGGAUCGACCUCGAGGACUUUGACACCGAGAUGAUUGGACAAGAGGAGGAAGGGGAUGGAAAAAGAAUAGAACAAAAAGACGAACUGGUAACUGCACUCGACAAACUCGGCGAGGGGUCCAAGUUGCUAUGGCUUGUUUUUGCGCUGACGGCAACACCCACGUUGUUCAACGGACUUCAUGCAACGUCUUACGUUUUUUUAGCCGAGGUGCCAACGCACUGGUGCGCAGUCCCGCAAUUAACGAUGGCAAAUUGGACGGACGUGCAAAUCAGAAACAUCUCUUCAGCUUCGUCGUGUAGGAGAUUUUCCCACAAUUAUACUCACCUUGCUACGCUCGAUUUUGAAGGAGCUCUCGCCUACGUUAAAGCCAACGGAAAUCCAGGGACAGAAAGUUGCAACACAUUCAGCUACACGAACGAUAUCGACGGAUCUUCAAUCGUCGCUGAGUGGGAUCUGGUAUGUCACAGAACCGCCCUCCGGAGCAGCGUGCAGAUGGCAUUGUCGUUAGGAAAAUUUCUGGGUGCCAGUAUAUUUGGCAUAAUCGCCGAUAAAUUUGGAAGACGAACGAGCUACAUCGUUGGCGUUCUCAUUCUAAUCGUCUCCGGUCCGAUUAGCGCGUUUGCUCCUUGGUACUGGCUCUUUAUGAUACUGCGAGGAUUGAUUGGUGCUAGCGGUUCGGCAAUUUAUCACUCUUCUUUUACAACACUGACGGAGGUUGCUGGUCCCAAACACAGAGCAUGGAUGGGUAUCGUCUACAGCAUGGGCUACCCUCUCGGCAUGAUGAUUCUUCCCGGUAUCGCCUACUGGGCACAAGAUUGGAAACUGCUUCAAUUAUCCAUCACGUUACCUGCCGUUAUUCUGCUACUGCAUUGCUGGCUGAUGCCGGAGUCCCCAAGAUGGUUGAUCGCUCAAAAUCGUCGUAAAGAGGCGCAAAUAAUUAUCGAAAGGUCCUACGGUCCAGUGUACCCAUCGGUAAACAUUGCUCUCACGGCUGAGAAGGAAAAGGAUAUGCAAUGCGCAAAGGAAAAAGUAGCGAAUAAUAAGAGCGGCAAGGAAACGUUCGUAGAAAAGUGGAAAAGUCUGAUCGAUCUAUUUUCCCACGCGGAACUGAGAAAGCGUAUAAUAAUUGCAUAUUUUGCAUGGGCUGCUACAUCCCUGUCGUACUAUGCAAUCGCGUUGAACGUAGACAACUUCUCCGCAAAUCGCUACCUCUAUACUUUUUUAACUGGAGUAAGUGAAAUACCAGCUUAUCUUGUGCCUUUGCCACUCCUUGCAUUUAUGGGUCGACGGGCCGUGACCAGUCUGCUAUUUUCCAUAUCUGGAAUUGCAUUACUCAGCAUAUUAGCCAUUCCACAAUCUGAUACAACUGCUAUUAUGGUAGUUGCAUUGACGGGAAGAUUGACAGUGGCUGCAGUCUUCAGCGUAAUUAUUUUACAUACAUCCGAAUUAUUUCCUACGGUAUCUCGAAACAGCGCCGUGGGUACGAGCUCAACCAUGGCUCACGUUGGCAGCAUUGCGGCGCCUUACGUCGUGGAUCUUUUAGGAGCGAAGGCGUGGUGGAUUCCUAGCACAAUAUGUGGCGCCACGGCAGUAGUAGCUGGGUUAUUGUCCCUUAUUUUACCAGAAACGAGACGACGGACCUUGGUCGAUACUGUCGAAGAAGAAGUUACGGAGGGUAGGGGAAAAGUAUCAAUCAAAAAUUGUUUUUCUUUUAGAUAAAUGAUUGGACUAUUGUCCAACGAUGUAAAGAAAUGUAAAAUGAAUAACUAUUAAUAGAAUUGCUAAAGACAAAA